AGGGGAAAGGGGAAGAAAGAGAUUUGCGCGAGUGAUGAUCUCCGUCGUCAGGCAUCUGCCCACUACCUUCAUCAUAUAUGCGGUGGACGUUUUGCCUCUUGCAUGGACUUCGGCUUUCUCAAUGCAUUUGUUUUGAGCCUCUUCCUCAUCGACCAUCGCUGGCUCUGGUCCUCGCCUGCUCGUUCGACGUUGGUCGUUCUUCGAGCACAUACCGGUCUUCGUACACCCUGCUGCUCGUAUACCACUCGUUGCGGCCUCAUCGUCAAUCAGAGUACCGCGCCUCGCUCGCGACUGAACCAUCUCCCGCCCGAAUUCAACCUCUUCAUUCAAUAGAGAGGAUGAUCACAGCCGAAAUUCACGCCCCAAAAUCCGUUAUCAUACUACCUAAAUUCAAUGUAUCCUCCGCUUCUCAAGACAUGCCGACGUACUUUUGAGGCCAUCGAGUAGGAU